ACCAGACACACCCAGGAGCUUCAUCAAUCAUCCAUCUCCGAAGUGUGUCUGCAGCAUGCAGGUGCUGAACACCAUGGUGAACAAACACUUCUUGUCCCUUUCGGUCCUCAUCGUCCUCCUUGGCCUCUCCUCCAACUUGACAGCCGGGCAAGUCCUGUUUCAGGGAUUCAACUGGGAGUCGUGGAAGGAGAAUGGCGGGUGGUACAACUUCCUGAUGGGCAAGGUGGACGACAUCGCCGCAGCCGGCAUCACCCACGUCUGGCUCCCUCCGCCGUCUCACUCUGUCGGCGAGCAAGGCUACAUGCCUGGGCGGCUGUACGAUCUGGACGCGUCUAAGUACGGCAACGAGGCGCAGCUCAAGUCGCUGAUCGAGGCGUUCCAUGGCAAGGGCGUCCAGGUGAUCGCCGACAUCGUCAUCAACCACCGCACGGCGGAGCACAAGGACGGCCGCGGCAUCUACUGCCUCUUCGAGGGCGGGACGCCCGACUCCCGCCUCGACUGGGGCCCGCACAUGAUCUGCCGCGACGACCCCUACGGCGAUGGCACCGGCAACCCGGACACCGGCGCCGACUUCGCCGCCGCGCCGGACAUCGACCACCUCAACAAGCGCGUCCAGCGGGAGCUCAUUGGCUGGCUCGACUGGCUCAAGAUGGACAUCGGCUUCGACGCGUGGCGCCUCGACUUCGCCAAGGGCUACUCCGCCGACAUGGCAAAGAUCUACAUCGACGCCACCGAGCCGAGCUUCGCCGUGGCCGAGAUAUGGACGUCCAUGGCGAACGGCGGGGACGGCAAGCCGAACUACGACCAGAACGCGCACCGGCAGGAGCUGGUCAACUGGGUCGAUCGUGUCGGCGGCGCCAACAGCAACGCCACGGCGUUCGACUUCACCACCAAGGGCAUCCUCAACGUCGCCGUGGAGGGCGAGCUGUGGCGCCUCCGCGGCGAGGACGGCAAGGCGCCCGGCAUGAUCGGGUGGUGGCCGGCCAAGGCGACGACCUUCGUCGACAACCACGACACCGGCUCGACGCAGCACCUGUGGCCGUUCCCCUCCGACAAGGUCAUGCAGGGCUACGCAUACAUCCUCACCCACCCCGGCAACCCAUGCAUCUUCUACGACCAUUUCUUCGAUUGGGGUCUCAAGGAGGAGAUCGAGCGCCUGGUGUCAAUCAGAAACCGGCAGGGGAUCCACCCGGCGAGCGAGCUGCGCAUCAUGGAAGCUGACAGCGAUCUCUACCUCGCGGAGAUCGAUGGCAAGGUGAUCACAAAGAUUGGACCAAGAUACGACGUCGAACACCUCAUCCCCGAAGGCUUCCAGGUCGUCGCGCACGGUGAUGGCUACGCAAUCUGGGAGAAAAUCUGAGCGCACGAUGACGAGACUCUCAGUUUAGCAGAUUUAACCUGCGAUUUUUACCCUGACCGGUAUACGUAUAUACGUGCCGGCAACGAGCUGUAUCCGAUCCGAAUUACGGAUGCAAUUGUCCACGAAGUACUUCCUCCGUAAAUAAAGUGAGGAUCAGGGACAUACAUUUGUAUGGUUUUACGAAUAAUGCUAUGCAAUAAAAUUUGCACUGCUUAAUGCUUAUGCA